AUGAUUCUGUACGGCUUUGCAGCGAUUCGAGACUUCUGCGACCGCCACGCGAAAUACUACUGGAGCAAACUCGUCUACCCAACUCCACUGUUCCUGCGGCUUGGCACCAACGGCUACGACAACUUCACCGAUAAGCAGUGGACGGGGUUCUGCGGACAGUAUUCGAAACUCCUGGCGGUGGCGCUUCUCCUCGGCGCGUGGUCAGCGCUGUGUCGACACUCGAGGGCUUCAUCACCGUUGAACGUGUCGUCGUCGCCUCUGUCAUCUUCGUCCUCCCAGCUGUCCUCCGUUACGACGGGAAAGCAACGCACCGCUAUCGGAGAGCGACGUUUUCAGGGUACUCCUCUAGCCCCCGCUUACCGAUUCUGCUCCGAAGCUGCCUCCACGCGCGCAACGCGGGUCAUCCUUUACCGCUCGUCGUGGAUUCCUGCCUUCUACACCAUUGUGGGCGUUGUCUUCGUCAUCGUUGUGCACGGCCCGCACUUUUUCCUCCCGCUGCUCAUCAUCAUCGCGAACUACGUCAUCUUCUCGCGGCUGCAGCGCUGGUGCCCCUACUGGCUGUUCAUGGUCAUCAUGUGGUCCACGCACGUCACUCUCCUGUACCUCAUCGAGAUCAACGAUGGGUUCGAGCAGGCCUACUGGCUGCAGUACUUCGCACCCACUUCCAAGAAGGUCGCUUGGGCUGUGCUGGCCGAGGUCCGGAUACCUCUCUGGAAGCAGCGUAUGCGCUGGUCCGUAGCCUUCCGCAUGUCGACGCUGCGCCUCAUCGCCUUCAACUACGACCUGUGGGAGGCCACGCACGCCGCCGCACGCGCGCGCGACCGUGCCACGGCGAAGCACGACACCAGCUGCGUCGAGUGCGCGCAGCUGCGCGAGCAGAACGCAGCGUCGGCGGCCGCGCUGCCCGCCGAGGCGUCGCGCUGCUACAAGUACCGCACCGAGUACGCGCGCGACCCCGCCGACUACAACUUCCUGAACUACGCCGCCUACGUGCUGUUCCCGCCACUGUACCUUGCCGGGCCAAUGUCGUCCUUCAACGCGUUCGUGUCGUACAUGCGCGUGCCGAGCACAUCGAUGCCGCUGCGCAAGAUGGUGAGGUACGCGCUCAGCAUCCUCCGCAUCUACAUGACAGAGUACGUUCUCCUCCACUUCAUCCACGUCAACGCCAUCGCUACCCAUCCCUUUCUGCUCCUCCGGAUGACCUUGCUGGAGCAGGCGCACUUCCUGGUGUACAUGCUGGCCUACAUGUGGCUGAAGUUCAGCUUUAUAUGGAAGUCGUCGCGUCUCUUCGCCAUGCUCAGCGGCAUCGAUGUUCCGGAGGACAUGCGGCGCUGCUUCGGCAACACGCUGACGGUGCGGGGCUUCUGGCGCGACUGGCACGCCUCCUUCAACCUGUGGAUCGUGCGGUACAUGUACAUCCCGAUGGGUGGCCGCAGCCGCGUCGCGCUGUCGGUGCUGCCCAUCUUCCUGUUCAUUGCGGUGUGGCACGACCCGGCGCUGCACCUUGUCAAGUGGGCGGUGUGCAUUGCCGCGAUGUUCGUGGCGGAGGUGGCGGUGAGCGGGUGUUUUGGGUGGGCCGCUGCGGCGUUCCGGCAUGAGAUGGCCGCCGCGGCACCGGCGGGCGAAGCAAGCGGUGCUGCGUUGGAGAAUGGUCGUCCCGCGCACUGCGCGCCGUGCCGCAGUCUGCUGGCACGGCUGGCGAGGCUCUCUGCGCGUCGCUUGAGCCCGCGCACACGAGCUUGGCUGCACCGCCAGAUCCGCGUUGUAGGCGGAAUGUCAACUGUCUUCGCGCUUAUCGUGGCAAAUCUUAUUGGUUUCUCGAUGCAAAACAGCUCAGCUACAAUCGCGAAGAUCGGCACUACGUUGGAGCCCACCGAUGCAGAGGACAUCAUCGCAAGAUCAUUCUCGCAGUGGACGCCGUGGUUUGCUACUGGUCUUCUCGUCUCUCUGUACACCCUGUCAUCGCUAGCCGUCAUUGACCGGGACAUGCAAGCGCACAUGAUGUCAUGGCUGCGGCACCAGUAUAAGCUGAAUAAGAGUGCCAGCGAGGCAACGCCUGCCGAAGGGAGAACUUGA